CGUCAUAAUUAAACGACUCCAUAUGAUUAUAAUAAAAAUUUCUCACAGCUGAUUGCUGAAUUGCUUUGACUUAGUUGCUGAACCAGCCGCUGUUAAGGAACAACAUAAAAAAAAAUCUAUUUUCGGCAAAAAUGGAAAUAGAUCAUGACUGUACUGGAAAUUGCAAACUUUCACAUCAUGGAAACAUAAUUAGUGCUGCUUUAACUAAACAUGAUAUUGAAGAGACGAAACUGAUAAGAUAUUUGGUCUUAACUUGUAAAAAUUACUCCAAGAUAAGCGACUCAAACGGUCGAACAGCUUUAAUGAUUGCUUCAUCUAAUGCAAAACCGGUUGUAGCUGACUUUCUUUUAGAACAUGGAGCUAAUUUUCAAGCAAAAGACUUUGAAUCAAAUCAAACGGCUUUGCAUAGAGCACUUUACUAUGGAUGGGUAGAAAAUGCAAUAAUAUUAAAGCGAUAUGGAGCUUCAUUUGAUAUUUUUGAUGCUGACUACUUGGUUCCGCUUCAAUUGAUUCCAUAUGGUUCACAAUAUUCAGUUGAGCAAUUUGCUUAUGUUUUCGGAAAAAAUAAGAACUAUAAUCUUGGAAUUGGAAAUACAACUUCAAAGCAGUAUCCAGAUGCAUUAAAAUCACUUCCAUCAAUGCGUGAAGCGUCAGUCAAUAAGUUUCACAGUCUUUUUCUAUCAAACGAUAAUAAAAUUUUCGUCUGUGGAGUUGGUAAGGAAGGACGGUUAGGUAUUGGAAACGAAUCGACAAUUGUAACUCCUCAAGAAGUCUCGAUAAAGUACAAUUACAAAAAUGAAAGGAUAUCUUCAAUAUCAGCAGGUCUAUAUCACACACUUGUACGUACUCAAAAAGCAAUUUACGGUUGCGGGAGUAAUCAGCACUUUCAACUUGGAAUGAAGACUACUGAUAAAGUUCUUACAUUUACUGAAAUCAGUUUUGACCGUACUGAAAUUAAUGUCUUGAAAAUGCAUACAAUUAUUGCUUGUGACUAUCAUUCGGUCUUUGCUAAUGAGCAAGGAGUUUAUGUUUGUGGACUAAAUGUUGGACAAUUUGGAGGAGUACAAGAAUCAAUAAUAUCUCCAAAAAAAUUGUCGAAUCCUGUUCCAGGUCAUAAGGAUGUUAAAAUAGAAUGGGCACAGAGUAAUAAUUGCUGCAUUUGCGUGUAUUCGUCCAAUAAGGAAAUGAACUUCUUUACAGUUUUCUAUAAUAAAAGAGUAAAAUCGUACAAAAAUCCAUUAAUGGAGAAUUUCCAACAAUGUGCAAUAAUUGGCGGUGAGAUGUUAUAUAACAGUGACGAAAUAUCCAAAAGUUCAUCACAAAAGCCAUUAUCAAUCACAAUUUUGACUCAGUACAAGAAUCUUUACAUCUGGUAUGAGGAUAUUUCACAAUUUGUGAAAGUUCAUUUAUCGCCACUCUUUACUACACAAAUUCGUGACUUUUUACCAUGCGGAGAUGAUUUGCUGAUUGAUGCUGAUGGACAGUUAUUCAAAGCAAGUAUACAGCACAAAAUUUCUAAAAUUUAUCAGCUAAAUUCCGAAUAUCAGGAAUUUCAUUCAAAACGUGACACUGCACAGUUCUUGGCCUCAAAAAUGUCUUUGAAGCGUAUCCAGAAUGUUUCAAAUGUUAACUCAUUCUGCUGCGAUGUUGAUGGAGAAAGCUUCAUCACAAUAAUGAAUCAGAGGCGAGUAAAGGUACCAGAAUUAACAACUGAGGCUUACGACUUUACAAUCCUCCUUGAUGACUAUCAAUUCGAAGGAAGUGGAAUCAUGGAUGUAACUUUUAUGGUGAAAAAUACACAAUUUAAGGCCAAUAAGUUUGUCGUGUUCUCAAGAUGCGAGCUCCUCAAAAAUUUUAUCAAGCAUGACACGAAAAAUGAAAUUUGUACGAUUGAGGAUCGAAGAUUAACGCCAGAAAUGUUCAAGUGUAUUUUAAUAUGGGUUUACAAAAAUAACAUAACAAGUGCAGAAAUGAAUGAUGUCGUUAGGACUGCUUCUGAUGAAAAUGCGAAGAAAAGAAUUGCAAAAGACUUUCAUGACAUUGCUGUUGAAUGGAACUUGAAUGGAGUUUACAACUUAAUAGUUACACAUUUUUCAAAUUUCAUUAAGCGACCAGAUAAAAUGACUUACAAGACCUUCCGUUGGUUUUUAAUUGAUGAUUUACCGGAUCUUUAUGAUGUUACUAUUUUGCUUGACGAGAAUCAAAAAUUAAGAGCUCAUAAGGUGGUUCUUAUGAUGAGAAUUGAGUACUUUAAAAUGAUGUUUUAUCAUAGUUGGAGUGAAAAUAAUACAGUUGAUUUAAAACAUAUAUCUAUGAGCUUCAUGAGACCAAUAGUUCAAUAUGCUUACGAUAAUGACGUGAAUGCAUUAAAAAAGGCAGACUUUUCAGAAAAUUUUGUCUACAAUAUGAUUGCAAUUUGUGAUCAAUAUUUGAUUGAAAAUAUGAAAUUAAUUUUUGAGACAAUUGUAUGUGAAAGAAUCACAUUAAGGAACUGUGCAGAAAAUUUGGACUUUAGCUUCUCCUACAACUGUAAUGUAUUAAAGAAAUAUUGUAUGGAAUUUAUAGCAUUGAACUUUGCUAGAUUGAUUGAAGGGAAUUACCUUGAGUGUCUUGAUUCAUUUAUUCUGAAGGAACUAAGCUUGUUCUAUCGAAAGUUCUUCCACUUUGAAAAUGAUUCAAAUUACAUCAUUACGCCAUCAUACGACGCUCCAACUGAAGAAGAUAUUGAUGAGAUUAUUAAAGAUUUCAAUUUGGAAUCGUAUUGCAGUUCUAAUCAGAAAGGUGAGAAAAAGACACCGAAAUCAAAAAUACGCUUGUCAAAAACAGAAUUAACAAGGAGAAGCUAUGAAAAAGAAGCUGUAAAGAACCUCCAAAAGGAAAUUGAGGAAUCACCGAUUAUUGAACCUAUGUCACCAAAAUCACCAGAUGUCUCAAUUGAUGAUGGAAAGUCAUGGCAGAAGAAGGAAAGAGAACGAAAAGACAGCUACAAAAAUAAGAAACUUCUUGCAGCUAUCAAAUGUAAUGAAGUCAUAAAGGAAGAGCCUGUCAAAGAAGAUCCAAUGAUUGAUUUGAAGAAUUUAAAAAUAACUGACAUAAAUGACUUGUCUAUACAAAGAAAUGCCAUAACACUUGCCGAUUUUACAGUAAAAGUAAAAGCUAAAAAUAUCCCAACUGUCGUCACAGAGAGUCCAAUACAGCAACAAGAAAGUAUUAGAGUAGCUUGGAAUAUGGAUAAUGUUGAAUUGAAGCCUGUAAAUAAGGAACCAAUUGAUAUUUUUAAAAUUUCAUCACCUUCAACUUCUAAGCAAAAAGCACCCAAAUCCUCAGGAAAUAAGAAAUUCACUGCCAUUAUAAAAGACGAGAAGAAAGAGAAGCAAAUUUUUGAGAAAAUCAAAUCCAAGUCGUUGAUAUUGACUCAAAUUGAGGAACGUGCUAUACAAGAACUGUCUGAAUUUUACAAUAUAAACAACAUAUUUGAUGAAUCUAUUAAGAUAUGCAGGAAAAUACAACCAACAUCACAGAAUUUAUCACAAUGGUAUAGUGGACAUAUUUAAGUUUUAUUGACUUGCUUGUUUCAACUACUGGGGGUCCUCGAUUUGAGUAGAUUCGAUUUGAAUAGAAAUAUUUUAACCCACCAAAAUAUUCGAUUUGAGUCAGAGCUGCGAAACAGA